AUGCAAAGCCCCUCCUUACUCUGGUUCGAGCUCUUGGCUGUCCUCGUGGAGGUCCUGUUAUUUGGGGCCUUCUGCAUCCUGUAUCCCGCCGCGAUAUGGAUCUUGGUGCAUCGAAAACACCGCGGACGGUACUCACGUUCCCCGGUCCUCUGGCUAUCCGCGAUUGUCACAACUAUGUUCUUGUGCGCGGGCGCGGAUCUCGCCAUUGACAUCCGUAUGCUCCUUUUGGCAUUCGUCGACCACAGCACGACGCCUGGCGGGCCAACGGCAUAUUUCAACAAUCCCGGGAACAAUCCGGCCCUGUACGUUUCCGCUGUCAUUUUCGCUUUUCUGACCCUCCUUGGAGACGGGUUUAUGGCGUACCGGGUGUUUGUGGUUUGGGGCGGCAGGCCAAUCUCUCUCAUCCUACCUGGCCUCUUUCUUAUCGGUGAUAUAGUAACUACAGCUGUGUUUGGUCGAGCACUGCUGCAAGGCGGCCAGACAACCGCCUCAGAUGUUAUAUACAUUCCCGGAGCCCGUGCGCCCUUGAUUGCGUAUUUCUUAAUGACUCUUCUGACCAACUUCGGCACGACAUUCCUGUUGCUCGGUCGUCUCUAUUGGCACGACAGACGGACCAGACGUACUCUAUCCCAGGAUGUCUACGAUACCGUGCCCUGGCGGGUGAUGAAGACCAUUGCGCAGUCCCAAGCUGUCUACUCUAUCGGGGUGAUCAUUAACCUUGUCACGUAUUUGGCCAACUCCGACCUGGUACUCGUCACCAACUCCAUCCUCCCUCCGCUCAUUGGCAUCUCGUUUACACUGAUAAUCACACGCAUCGGCCUCAGCGAGGUUGUGGGAAACACCAGUCACGCAGAAUCCGUGGUUUCAAGACCCAUGGAGUUCAACAUUCCAGGCCACGCGCUGUCUCAUGAUAGCACCGUCAAUGUCUUCAUCUCGCGAUCGGAUGAUCGCAGCGAAGAUGUUGCCGUGGGCCCUGUCACGCAGCACGGCGCAUGCAUGAUCGAGAUCGCAAGGCUCACUUAUAGCGGCAGUCAGGGUGCUUAA